AUGCCUUAUGUCUUGGUAGAAACAAACGAUGCUGUCGGGAGCAAGGAGCUACUGGCAGCACCAGAAGGAUGGAUCCAGCGACACGAUGACGGAACGGUGUAUCUGUGCUGGCCGAAUGUUAGGAACAUUAAUAUGCUAAAUGCACUGCUUACAGAUGAACAUAGCACUCCGUUGGCCACGUGGGAAACGCACACAUGUGUGAUAAAGUGUUCUAACAUACAGUCUCUCUCGGUGGCUGGCAAAAUGAUAAAAACUUUGCAAACCCAUUGGAAAACAUCUUCUGCUCCAAAGAAAAGAACCAUCGAAGCGAAUGUGGAUGUCACUGCAGGGCCUGUUUGUAAAAAAUCGCCCAUCAACGAAGACCUUGAACCGGACGAAUCACAAAUAAUUUUAAUGUUCAAUGAACUCCGAGGUCUGAUAGAAAAUAGACAUGACGAGGCAAGGAAAAAGCUGCACGAUGGAUUUUAUCGCAUAGAAAAAUGCUUGCAUUCUGUAGGGAAUGAAUUACUGAGUGUAGAGCAAGAAGCGGUUCCCGAUCAUGCUGCGCAAUGCUUCCAAUCAGCAAAUGCGAUGGAGUUUUAUGUAAAUCCCGUAACCUGUAUAGACGAGAUGACUGAUUUUGAAGAGCGGUUGAACGACGAGGAAUAUCAAAAGCAGGUGCAACAUUGGAUCGAUUGCGCCAUUAGUCAUCAGACACAUCCGGAACAUCGCAUGCAAGAGAUACUUGAUUCGCUGUUUGACAAACAAUUUCUAUCAAAUUUUAGCUGGACUGGACGUAGCACGGGUAAACUAGCGUUUAUGGCAUAUGGAAACAUUGUUAAUUUGUUUGCAUAUGCCGGUACCACCACCAUGCAUACUGCUACUCCCAGAUAUGUGGGGCAAUUUUUCACAAAAAUACUGCAACAAACUUCUGCGGUAGCAGUACGCAAUCACCUUUCACCAGAGCUAGUAACAGUCGAUUCAACAGCUUCGUGGAAUGCCGAAAACAAUUCCAUACUACAAACUGUAGAAAGAUUUGGUGAAACUACGAUAACGGAGGGUGGCCAUUCAUCACAACAUUCAGACGACCAUGCCAACACGGAGAUCUCCAUUGUGAAUCCGUUAACCUGCAUAGAAGAGCUGGAUGCCUUCGAAAGUAAACUUGGCGAUGCUAAAUAUCGUGCCGAGAUGCAUACAUGGGUAAACGAUCAUGUUGCCUACGAGAAUAAUCCGGAAGUUCGUAUGAUAGAGAUUUUAUACUUGCUAUUUGAUAAAGAUUUUCUUUCCAACUUCACAUGGAUAGGCGCGCGAAAGGGCAGGUACGGAAUGAGGUCGUACAGCAAUGUUGUUAAACUAUUUCAAUACGUGGGUACCACUGCGGCACAUCGUGCGGAUGAGGUAUUUGUGGCAAGCUUUUUUAACAAGAAAUUAAGAUAUGCCAGCAGAAGAGUAGAACUAGUGUUGAGUGACUCUGAUUCAGAUUCAAGAUACUUUGACAUGAAUGAAUGA